AUGGAAGGCGGACACGGCGAUGACGGGCCUCCCGCCGGCCGGGCGGGCGAAGCGGCGGUGGAGAGUCCCAAGAAGGAUGGCCUCCUUCUUCUGGCCGAUGAAAAAUUUGACUUCGAUCUUUCCUUGUCUUCUUUAAGUGCAAAUGAAGACGACGAGGUCUUUUUUGGUCCUGUCGGACACAAAGAAAGGUGUAUCGCUGCCAGCUUGGAACUGAAUAAUCAAAGCCCCGGAGCAAGCCCCGGAGCGAGCCCCUUCCGCUGGAGCCCUCUCACCGGGGAGAAGUUCGUGGAGGUUUAUAAAGAGGCUCACUUGCUGGCCUUCCAGCUUGAAAGCCGCAGCCGGGGCAAGGCGGCCCGAGCUGCCGGGCCUGCCGAGGCGGGGAGCCAGGGCGGGGAAACCUUUAUACAGGACUCAGAGUUAAAAAUGAGCCUGUUUGAGAAAGAAAAUAAAGCCCAGAAAAGCCCCAACUCCCUUAAAAGGGAGACGUACUGCCUGUCAGACGGCCCCGUGAGGGGGCCGCUGCCGCUGGCCGUCCAGCCGGCCCCGGGCCUGGGCCCGCAGGGCGCUGCUGCCCCGGCCGACCUCUCCCGGACCCAGGGGCCCCCGCUCUCUUCUCGGCCUCCUUUGCCAGUGGAACCAAGUCCCGACCACCCUGCAAACCAGCCAGCGGCUCAGAAAAAGGUUGUCAGCAAACUGCUGCCACCCCGAGCAUCUGUUAGAGGGAAAAGCGUGCACUUGGCCAAGGAGAAGCCUGUGAAAGAGAAAGCAGCGAGUCCUUCCAGGAUGAAAGCCCUACCUGAAGAGGAGUCCCACGGGGACAGGCCCCCUGGCAUGCCCAGCGCUGCCCAGGGAGCCACCAGCGCGCCAGCCUGCGGGAGCCACCUGGGCCAAGGCAUGCGGUCGCUCCCCGUCCCAAACAAGUUGGCGCUGAGGAAAACCGCGCUGAAGCCCCCUGGCCGCACGGGCCAUCUCCUGAGGAAGCCUGGUGCCCGGGGAGGCGUUGCGGGCAGCAGCUCCAGCACGUCCCCCGCAGCGAGCACAGCAAAAUCAAGUGGACGUCCAAGUAUCUCUGCAGACAGUUGCCAGCCUCCCUUGAACCCCAGCCAGUCCAGACCAGCAGGAGCCACCGCGGCCCAGCCGUCCCCGCAGGUGGGCCCUGCGCCGGUGAGCGGGCAGAGCCAGUGCCCCAGGCGACCCGAGACGCAGGCCGAGCGGCCCGCGGCACCCGCCACGUGGGCUCUUGCCCAGCCCCAGGCGGCAGAGCCGGGAGGCGUGGGGCUGCGCUCUCAGUCCCGCUCCUCCCGGUCUCCUCAGCUGAGUGCAGCGGCGAGCAGCAGGCGCGACUCCCUUCUGCGUUCUGAGACGAAGGUCCUGCCUGCCUCUGCGAGUCAAUUUAAAAUUCCUAAGUUUCCUACUGGUGAAGCCCCAGACAGCGCGACGCCCAGGUCCUCUCGGGCACGGAGGCCGCAGUCCUGCACGUCGGCGGGCAGGGCUGUGGUCCACGGCACUCCUGCUCGGCAUGCCUCGGGGCCGGCCGCCAGGACCCCCGUGAGUGCGCAGCACGUGGCCGCCCUGCCCACGCCUGCCGGCCGUCGGCUCUCGGCCCUUCCGGUGCUGACCCCGAGGACCCUGCCCAGGACUCUGGCUGCUCCCCCAUGUGGGUCUGCUCGGCGACUUUCUUCUGAGCCCCGGAAUAGACCCUCAGCGAGGACCGCCCCGGUGAGCGGGUGCUGGGACGAGCCAUCUGACCCGAGUCCUCCUCUGGCGGCUGUGCCGCGGGCCCUCAGCUUCUCCCCAGAGAAGAGUGGCUUCGCCUUUGCUACGAGCGUCACCGAGGCACCAGCGCUGGACGAGCCACAGCCCGCUGGACAUGCGGCCCCGGCCGAGGCUCUGCUGCUGGACCUCCCUCUGGACGAGCUGUGCAUCGCCCCUGCCGCUGGGGGCCUCCCGCUCGUCCACGCCCCGCUCGUCGACCUCCCUCUCAUCGACCUCUGCAGCCCCCCGGGAGCGGGUGCACCUCCGGGGCCCGCAGGCCGACCUCUGAUCGACCUCGGGGUCAAUACCCCAGACACAGACAGAAGCACUGCGGCCCUGCCGCCCCACGACGUGGGACAGCUGAUAGACCUGUGUUCCCCCCUGAUCCAGCUGAGCCCCGAGGCCAACAAGGAGAAUGUGGAUUCGCCACUUCUCAAGUUCUGAGCGCAGGGGGACCUCUGCCGGCGGCGCUCUGUGACGAGCACAGUCCAUCCCAAGGUGGCACUCAACCCGCAGGAAUGAAUUUUAGGAGAAACUGUAUCGGAAACACCCACGUAAAAUGGCUGUGCUUGGGCGGGGGAGGCCGGGGGAGCGGGUGCUGCUGUCCAGCCUC